GAUGUGAAGAUGUGACGCAAAGUGUAAUAUCGACUUUACAAUUCAUUCGAAACGGCGCGUCGAGAUCUGUCACAAUUUUUUCGCUUUGUCAAUUUGUGAGUUAUCGUCUCAUUCGAAUUUAAUGUUAGAAAGAUGUGAUACAUCAUGGUGUCAAUAGAUUCUUACGAUAUGAGAAAAGUGCUCGAAGAGCGUAUGAGAGAAGCAGCUCGAAAUGGCAACACGGACGUUUUACAAGACCUCGUGGACAUGGGCAUUGACGUUAACGCACGACAACCUGACAACGGAUGGACCGCUCUACAUUGGGCAUGUAAAAAAGGAUACUUGGAUGUUGCCGCCUUACUCUUGAAGAAUGGUGCUGAUAAAAAUCUGCGAUCUGAGACAGGCGAAACUCCGGUAUCUCUGUGCAUCAACCAACAAAUUCUGCAUCUUCUUGAUACAAGCAUCACAUCAUCUUCAGAUGAAUUGGUAUUGAAAAUUCGGAUCGCUAAUGCAGCAGAUCCGGAUUUUGUGGAAGUGGAAUUGUCACGGACCGACCUGACAUACCGGGCUCUAUUAUACCUAUGUUGCAUGGAGCUAGAUCUCAAGCCACAGCAAAUUCAGAAGCUACGAAAAUUGCCUAACACCAGACUGAGAAAAGACAAAGACAUUCAGAGACUUCAGAACUUCCAAGAGAUUGAAAUAAUCACAGACACGACAAAUAUGUAUAAAAGCAUGCAGAAUAUCAAUGGUACUGCCAACAGUCUACCGCCGUUGCCGGCUAACGGAUAUCAAAGUAUAUCCAAAAAAGAUCAGACCAUUUUGUACUGACCACUCGCAUCAGGAAGAGAUCCUUCCUCUUAGUUUUAAAUAUUUACAAAUUAACACAUUACUCAAGUUGCAAUAUUGGUCAAAUAUACGGUACAAUAGAAAUAUAAUAUUUAAUGUUGCUUAAGUCACAGUUGAAUAUCUACAUUGUGAAGCGGAUGAUGUCAAAUAAAGAUCUCUUGUGCAGCUCUCUCACAAUUCACAUUUGAUAAUGUGACAUAACAGAUAUAGAAUAAAGUGUUUAAGAUAAAAACAACGAGGUAAUUCUAUGUCGUCGAUAAUUUACAGUUUUCUGAUACUCAAAAUUAUCUUAAUAAUUAUUAUUAAUAAUUAAUGUCAUAUUCAAUAGUUGCUCCCAAAGAUGAAGUUGCUUUGUUUGCGACUUGCAGAAAGGAAAAAGAAAAGAAAGAUUAUGAACCAACAGUAGAACAUUACAAAAACUUGUUGAACAAGCACAAAUGUUCUCGUGUGAAAACUGAAUGUGAUCAAUUUGAAUUGAAGAGAAGGCUUGUAAUUAUUUAUUAUCUUUAUUAAUUGUUAUUAAUUGUUAUUCGUUUUUAUUCUACACGUUUAAUAUUAGCCUUCGCAAUAUGGAUGUUCAACCGUAAUAUAUAUAUAUUUUAUUUAUAAAAUACACAUAUUACAAAUUUAGAA